CUUCAUCUAGCUAUUAUGAGAGGGGAGCCUGAAUUUAAAUAUGUUGGGAACAUGCAUGGGAAUGAAGCUGUUGGAAGGGAGCUGCUCAUCUUCUUGGCUCAGUACCUGUGUAAUGAAUACCAGAAAGGAAAUGAGACUAUUAUCAACUUGAUCCACAGUACGCGGAUCCACAUCAUGCCAUCCUUGAAUCCUGAUGGGUUUGAGAAGGCUGCAUCCCAGCCUGGUGAACUUAAAGACUGGUUUGUUGGUCGAAGUAAUGCUCAAGGAAUAGACCUGAACAGAAAUUUCCCUGACCUAGAUAGAAUAGUCUAUGUUAAUGAGAGAGAAGGUGGUCCAAACAAUCACCUAAUGAAAAACAUGAAGAAGGCUGUGGACCAGAAUCCUAAGCUUGCUCCUGAAACAAAGGGUAUCAUUCACUGGAUUAUGGAUAUUCCCUUUGCUCUCUCAGCUAAUCUCCAUGGAGGAGACCUUGUUGCAAACUAUCCAUAUGAUGAGACUCGUAGUGGAAGUGCUCAUGAAUACAGCACCUGCCCUGAUGAUACUAUUUUUCAAAGCUUGGCUCGGAGUUAUUCAUCUUAUAACCCUGCCAUGUCUGAUCCAAACAGGCCACCAUGUCGUAAAAAUGAUGAUGACAGUAGCUUUGUAGAUGGAACAACCAAUGGUGGCGCUUGGUACAGUGUUCCUGGAGGAAUGCAGGACUUCAAUUACCUCAGCAGCAACUGCUUUGAAAUCACUGUGGAACUGAGCUGUGAGAAAUUCCCACCAGAGGAAACUCUGAAGAGAUACUGGGAGGACAACAAGAACUCGCUUGUCAAUUACAUUGAGCAGAUACAUCGGGGAGUGAAGGGAUUUGUUAGAGAUCUUCAGGGUAAUCCAAUUGCAAAUGCUACAAUUUCUGUGGAGGGAAUAAAUCAUGACAUUACAUCAGCCAAAGAUGGGGAUUACUGGAGAUUGCUUGUGCCUGGAAACUACAAACUCACAGCCUCAGCACCAGGCUAUCUAGCAAUAACUAAAAAAGUGGCUGUUCCCUUUAGCCCUGCCAUUGGGGUUGAUUUUGAAUUGGAAUCAUUGUCUGAGAGAAAAGAAGAAGAAAAGGAAGAGUUGAUGGAGUGGUGGAAGAUGAUUGUGUUUCAGUGAGAAAAAUGUUCAGUGUUUCAAGUGAUGUGUGUGAUGACUAGGUGCCUACUUAUGGAAGAAUGUCUAAAGAUUUCAUUGUGAAGAGGAUAAGCAGCAACAAUCUCAAACACUCAUUGAAAGAUAGUUGAACUUUCAGCUGGAAAUGGGUUGGAAAUAUACUGAGAAUGUAAACACACUCUAAUUAUACACUCUCUCCAGGAAGGAAUUAAUUGUCUUUUAAACUCUUGUUUCUUCUACUGUUGUUUUAACCUGAAACUUGGAGUAACAGAGAUUUCUCUAGUGUUAUUGGCCUACAUCAGGGUAUCAAAUGGAUGAAUGGCAUGAGGCUGGUCCACAGGUCCUGGACCACCUAGAGCAGGCACCGUGUUCAGUAUGCAUCCAAGAGUAAUCCAGCCAGGGUGGCCACUGCAGCCAGGCCAUGGACUGGCCCCAUGCCAUGGGCACAUGCUGUGCCCUGUGUUAGUUUGAUUGGAGUCAAGGGCAGCACUGGUGGCCAGAUGAUGAAGCUCUGCAGGCCAGAUCCAGCCCUCAGGCCUAUAUUCAGUCAACAGAAGGUCGUUGGAACUCAGCAACUCCAGAUCAGGCCAUCAUUGCCUAAUUUUGUACAUAAUUAAGUCAAUUCAAAAACAUCUGCUUUGGAAGAUUGAAAUUAACAAAUCCUAUCCUUGGACUUUUGCAGUUCUGAAAACAAAUGUGGCCUCUGACCUUCUAAAAUGCCCAAGGGACUGAAGUGAGAAGUAAUAAAAAUGAAUAGUCCUGAAUAAAAAUUUACUCCAUAACAUGCAGAUCAAUGUUGCAGUUGAUAUUGUAUUCCAAAUGCUAAGGGAACACUUCUGGAUAUAAGUUGCAAUGAUUUGUUAAAUGCUGGUAUGUUUAGUACCUAUUUCAUAGUUAGGGGUCUACUCAACUUGAGACAGCAGCCGGCCGAUUUUGCAGGGCUGUCCACUAUUUUCGAGGGCUUAUUGUGGCUGGCC